AUACUCUUCGGUUAUGAUCAAGGUGUCAUGGGUGGUUUCUUAACCAGUCCUCCUUUCGAGAGGACCUUUCCAUCUAUCUCGAAUGGUAAUGCUACUCUGCAAGGUUUCACCGUCGCGGUAUACGAAAUCGGUUGUGCCAUCGGGGCACUCUCCGUCAUCAUGGGCGGAGAUCGCUUCGGUAGACGUGUAACGGUCAUGGUCGGUCAAGUCAUCCUCAGUAUUGGCGCCAUCGUUCAAUUCACUUCUUACACUCUCGCUCAAUUGAUCGUCGGACGGAUCAUCACCGGAGUUGGUAAUGGCAUGGCCGUCGCCGUCUUGCCUACUUGGAAUGGUGAAUGUGCUCAAGAACACAACAGGGGGAAGCUCGUGCUCUGGCAACUGAACGUAAAUAUCCUCGGUAUCUGCAUUGCUUAUUGGGUGGACUAUGGAGUCAACAAGUCCUCUGCGACCGCAAACAACGAUUGGUCUUGGAGAUUUCCCCUUUCCCUCCAGAUUGUUUUCGCCGCAAUGACCGUCAUCCUCGCUUUGUUCUUGCCUGAUUCUCCGCGUGCUUUGAUCAAGAAAGGUCGCAUCGCCGAAGCUCGUGAUGUCGUAGACAUGUUAUCAACCGAAGCCGAUCCUAUAGAGCGUGAAGAAUACACCAACAGGACUAUGUUGCUCAUCGAAACGGCGUUGGCUGAAGAAGCCGAGACAGAUGCUUCAUGGCACGAUAUCUUCACCCAAGGUCAUCAGAGAUUCUUACAACGUAUGCUUCUUGCCAUCAUGGCAUUGUGUAUGCUUCAGAUAUCUGGUAUCAACUUGAUCACCUAUUAUGCUCCUGUAUUGUUCCAAAACACCAUCGGCUUGAAUCGAGACACUUCGCUAUUGGUGUCCGGAUUCAAUGGUCUAGAAUAUUGGCUCGCUACUUUCAUCCCCAUCCCCUUGAUCGAUCGAGUCGGACGUAGACCUCUCAUGCUUUUCGCUGCUAUUGGUCAAUGUCUCACCAUGGCUGUUUUGGCGGGAACUAUCGCCUAUCCGAAUAGCAAAGGUGCGGGAUACGUAGCCACCGUUAUGCUCUUUGUCUUCAACACUUUCUUCGCCAUCGGAUUUGACGGUAUCCCUUUCCUUCUUCCUGUCGAAGUGACUCCACUUCAAACCCGUGCAAAAUCCGUUUCAAUAGCCACUGGCUGUUUCUGGCUUUGCAACUUCUUCGUCGUCAUGAUCUCACCCGUUCUUAUCAGCAACAUCAAAUUUGGAACUUACAUUUUAUGGUGUGGGACCAACUUCGUAUUCAUACCGAUGAUCUAUCUACUUGUUCCCGAGACAGCCAACGCCGCCUUGGAAGACAUCGAUGUGUUAUUC